ACCGGUUCGACUCAACCGCGUACGGAACGUUGAGUUGAGGUAAAGGUCGCGUUUCGCGCUUAUCGUGCUCUCAAGGUAGUGUACUUUCGAACGCGGUCAGUGUGCGCGGUAGUACGAUCGAAUCUCGCGAACUGCGUUAUCGCACCCGGAAAAGAAUCGAACACAAAACGUGUGUCCGUGAGUGAUAUUCAUUGAAUUGCAUUCAUUGAGAAGGGAAGCGUAGAAAUAUGGCGUCGGGGAGAAGCACACUGGCAGAAAGUCUCCGUGAGCUGUACCAGUUCAGCGUGGUGGAUUACUGCAUGUUCGGUGCGAUGCUAGUCCUUUCGGCCAGCUGCGGAAUAUACUUUGGCUUCUUCAAAAGAAACAAAAGCGAAGAGGCGGAAACGCCCGAAAGCAGCAGCAGCGAUGAUGAAAGUGGACAUCGAACGGUAGUGUCCGGUACGAGGAAGAACAAGGCAAAGACUACCUUCGGAUCAUCUACCAUGGAUGAGUAUCUGCUGGGAUCACGGAAGUUGAAGGCAUUCCCAGUGGCGAUGAGCCUUGUGGCGGGAUACAUAUCGGGUGUGACGAUACUAGGAACUCCGGCCGAAAUCUACAACUUCGGAACGCAAUAUUGGCUGAUCGUGAUACCGAUUCUGCUGAUGGGAGUCGCCGUCUGCACCGUCUAUCUGCCGGUGUUCUGCUCACUUAAGCUGAAUUCUUCGUAUGAAUAUCUGGAGCUAAGGUUCAACUCGUACGUCCGGUCGAUAGCAUCGGUGAUGUUUGUCAUUGAUGAGCUUCUUUUCCUCCCGAUGAUCAUCUACGUACCGGCGUUAGCAUUCAAUCAAGUGACCGGCUUCAAUCUGUACGUGAUUGGCGCGAUCGUGUGCGUCGUUUGUAUAUUUUACACUCUUCUGGGAGGUAUUAAGGCUGUGGUAUUUACCGAUGCGUGGCAGGUAGUGGUAAUGUUCAUCUCUGUCGUUGUCGUCGUCAUCAUCGGUACGAUCGCGAUCGGUGGUCCGGAUGUCAUAUGGGACCGGUCGGUGGAAGGUGGACGGAUAGAUUUUUUCAAUUUUAAUCCAUCCAUGUAUGAGCGGCAAACAUUUUGGGCUGUGCUGAUCGGUGGCUUCUUCUACUGGACGUCAUUCAACUCCGUAAACCAAACGAUGGUUCAGCGGUACAUGUCGCUACCAAAUUUGAAGAAAGCAAAGCUUUCCAUUGCAAUGUUUACGGUUGGAAUGGGCGUGUUUGUGUCCGUCUGUUGCUACGCUGGAUUGCUGCUGUAUGGAAAGUACUUCGAAUGUGACCCGGCCACGGUUGGCCUUGUGACGACGGACGAUCAACUGUUUCCCCACUACGUGAUGGAAUCGGUUGGAAAGUUGAAAGGCAUCCCGGGACUGUUUAUUGCCGGUGUGUUUGGCGCUGCACUUAGUUCUCUUUCCGUUGUACUGAAUUCUACCUCAGCUGUCCUGCUAGAGGACAUUUUAAAAGGACUGUUUCGGAUUAAUCCCUCCCCGUUUGUGGCGAACGUGUUCGUGCGCGGCAGUGUAGUUGUGCUUGGACUAGCCGCUAUGGGAUGCUUGUUCAUCAUCGAGAAGCUGGGUGGUAUACUGAGUGUGGCUACCUCCCUGUCGGCGAUUGCAGCUGGGACGACGUGUGGCAUAUUCACGCUGGGGAUGUUAAUUCCAUGGAGCAACACGAAGGGCGCACUGUUCGGAGGUGUGUCGGGUGCAUUGCUGUCCGGUUGGGUUUCGCUUGGUAGUCAAUUUGCUGGUGCAGCGGGUGAGAUCGUACCGCACAAGCUGCCCGUUUCGGUGAGCGGAUGUAUCGAGGAUCUGAUCACAAACGUUACCAUGGUGAAUCCGAUCUAUCCGGACGAACGGGAAGUUUUUCCGUUGUAUCGGCUUUCCUACCAUUGGAUUACUCCGAUCGGUGUACUGACGGUGUUGGUCGUUGGCACAGUCGUAUCGUUCAUAACGGGACCUCGGGAUCUGCGACACAUCGAUCCGGAGCUCAUUUCACCUGUUAUCCAUCGAUUCUUGCCUCAGGAAUCAUUCGGUAACUUCGGAACGGCAAGCAAGAACUCAACGGCGGGACCAGCGGUUUUUAGUGAAGAAAUGCAACCACACACAAAUGUGUCCCCAUCAACGGGUGGCGUUCCGUACGGUUCGACGGUGGAACGAAAUGGACAGGUAAUGAAAUCUCGAUGAUGAAGCUGUAGACCGUGUAACAAACGACUCGUAAUCGAAAAACACACAUAUCCCGACGAGAUUCCCGUUGCGAUACCCGGGACAUCUGCGGCAGCUCCGUGCCAAAUUUGGUCACCAAAUGGAUCUUUUCCACUACUGACAUAGAAGUGAGAGUAUUGAAGCAGCGCAAAGACAAACACUCUAAGGUGUAGGGCACGGUUAUUGAGCCCGUUCCAGGAAUAGUUUACCUUUGGCACUAGAAAGACUGUGUACAAAACAAUCGAGUGUCUAAUCAGCUUCCUAUAGUGAGUGGGGCUUAAGGUAAGGAUACUGGAAACAAAAAAUAUUAAGUAGUUUGCAAAGAGUUUGGGCGGCUUUGUACUCGUAGUUUGCUCUUUGCUUUACAUAUGUAAGAUUUACGUGAUUGUAAACGUAAUGUAUACAACAAACACAAACGAACCCUUCUAAUCAACCACUCUUCCUCCUCGGAGCCCCACCAUAUCGUUACACAAUCUGUGAUAGACCUUGGUGCAAAAUGUGAAUGAAUAACGGCGCGUUGGCUGAGUGCUGGUUUUUUUUCUUGUUUGUUAACGUUGUUGUUAUUAUUGAUUGCCAUGGAAGUAGUAGCAAGAUGGUGCUGUCUACUGUAAAUGAUGUGCUUAGUGGAAAUUUAUUGAUGUUGAGUGCUUGAAAUGGACGAUAGUUGUAUGUAUGAAACGAAUAAAAUAAAACAAAUUUAUGAACAGA